GGCAAACGGUGACGUCCCAGCACCACGUGACUACCUCAGAGAAGGUGCGACACUUAAAAGGCACGAUCCGAAACAAUUCUUUCCCAAAAAACGCGCUCAUUUUCCACGGUGAAGUUUAUCGAAGCAUAGCUCCGUUGGGAUUAAACAAACAACAUGAAGGGCAGAAGUAUCUUACCUCUGGUGGCUGCCCUUUUCUUAUUAGCAUCUUUAACGACUGUCCAGUCCCAAGGUCUGAUGGGAGGAUUUAAGGGGCAUCAUCACAACAGAGGAACGGGUGCUGUAGAGCUGUUGCUAGCUACGGGUAUUCUCGCCAAGUUACUCAACCAUCGUGCUAAGCAUCAAGCAUCUUCUGCUGGGCGACAUUUAUUACAUGCAUUGAUAGGAGGUCCCAGGUAUCCGCCUAGAUACGGAGGUCAUCCAAGAUAUCCCCUAGACUUACAUGCCCAUCCUGCUUUGCUUCAAGAUGAUUUGAUCGAACCUCAUGCUUCGAUGUCUUUUCCAUUCUCAGAUGCAGAUCUCAUGUUAAAUCAAGAAAGUUCUCUAUUUUCUGCCAAAAGUCCCCUAUUUAUGAGUCCUUCUAUGCCCCUGCUGACAGAGGGACAGCUAAUGGCUGAAGCUCAACUGUCUCAACAGAUUUUGGCAGCCCGAAGAGCAAGAAAACUGUUGGAAGUAAAGAAACUCUUAGCUGCUCAAGAGGCUAAGAACUUCCUCUCGGCACAACGGGAAGCUGCUCAAAUUUUAGCAGCACAAGAAGCAGCCCAGACUACAUUACUUACAGCAACACCAUCUCAUCAAAUUCUGACAGCGGCUCCUCCCCCAAGGCAGAUGGUUCAGAUGCAACAGAUGCAACAAAUGCAACAAUUACAACAACAGAUGCAACAGCAUAACAUGCACAAUAUACCUCAAGGUCAACAGAACAACGCCAUGGGUAACAUGAUGACGUCUGAAACAGCUCAUCGUAUGGGAGGAAUGACAUCCCGAGCAGAUGGCUUACUUCAGAUACCCUCGGGUUUGAGUGAAUCCGAAACAGCGCAACUUUUGGCUAACUUACACAUGGUUUGAAUGAGACUCCGCUGAGCGGAUUGUUCAGUUACCUCCAAGAUACUCUCUCCGCACGGCGACACAAUAUCUGGUCGGGCAAAAAGAGCUGUCUUAUCUCACAGAAUAGCUCGCCUACUUUUACCAGCGAGCAAUUUUAGUCAAUAUUGGUUAACACGUGCUUUUCAAAAUAACGGCAAUUGAUUUUUCAGUUUUUAAAUGUUCCAAAAGAACUAAAAUUUAUUUAAAUUCGCAGACUAAUUUAGAAUAAAUACGUAGAAACACGCAAGAAAUGGUGUUAAUACGUUACUGAUUUACAUUUCCCAACAUAUUUAAGCAAAACGAAUUCAGGAGUGAAUCUUAAUGAGAACUGUCGUAUCUGUAAUAUUUCAUAUCUACACAUUAUUCACAUGUUUUAUUAACCUUUUAACGCACUGAACCGAGUUAACUCGGGUACACUGAACUAACGUGUUUCAGCGCACCCGAGUAAAUACGUUCGAGUUUUUUUGGGGGGGAGGAGGGGGUUAGAUAUGAUUAGAUCAGAAUAUAUCCGUUAUAGUUUUGAGUUAGAAUAAAGAAAAAGAGUAUAAGAGAUUGAGUUAGAAUAAAGAAUUAAAAAAUUAAUAAUUAAAAGGCUAUUUUUUAAAUUUUUUUGUUGCACUAAGGGGAAAGUUUCUCCAAAGAUUUAUCAAUAUCUUUAAUCAUUCCAAUUUAAUCUCUAGUAAAACAUAAUGUCUGAGCUCUAAUUUUUCAUAAAUUUAAAUAAAGAGAACGAAGCAUGUAUAUUUGUUAAAAUAUAUUUUUUUUUGUUCGACGCAUAUAUGAACUUCAGUUAUAUAUCCGGAAUAAACUACGAUUAAUUUCCUUGAACAUAUUUAUUGCCCUUAGACGUAAUUCUGACAAUGCAGAUAGCCACUUCAGAACAUGUAGUAUGAUUUUUUCGCAUUUUUUAUUUCGAAUACCUGCAAAUAUGAAGAAUGUAGUGUCAUGUUUCGUAGCGGCGUAACUUUUAAUAUUAAAACAGUGCAUUUUUUAAAAGUUAACUAACACUCUGUAUUGAAGAGAACAUAAUUUACUUUCCCUUAAAUUAACAUCCAUUAAAUGUUUUAAACAGGCAUUACAAUACAACAACAAAUACAGUUUUAAACAGUUUAGUACUACUAUCAUGUCUGUGUGGAUAAUGUAAACUUUCAUCUCAUAGUAUAGAAAUUUUGUCUGUGCUGUGAUUAUGUUUCAGAAAAAAGAACUGUUGCCUGCAGUAACAAUUAAUCACGUAACGUAUGAUUAUGAACUGAGUUUGAAAUUUCAGGAAACUUGUAUUUUAAAAGCAUGUAUUGUACCAAAGAUAUCGUGGUGCAUAAUAUGAGGGACUACCUCGUAAUUUCAAAUCCACGUAUUUCAAUACCUGUACAUAGUCAUUAAAGUAAUAUAUCACUUCGGAAAAACCGAUUUUGUAAAUAGAAAAUGUAUGUAUAUGUAAUCUGUAGUAAUAAAUGUUUUUAAAUAAAA